AUGCUGCUAGACGAGUACGCUGGGUGUUGUGUAGUGUUGGGACAGGCAGCGCUCGCCCCCGCUCUGAGUCGGACAGCUACCAAUGCACACCCCCCGUGUAGACACCACCUAGUAUUGUCAGAGUACCCCGCCACACCACACGCACGGUUGCAGACUCUGACGACCGAGUCCUCCGCCCUAGUUCCUCCACGAUUGCCCCAGUCAGUCCCUCGUCAUGACCAGUGGCCCAGGUGCCCCUGCGCGCGCCUAUCGCGCUGUACAACUCCCUGGCCGUACCCAUCAAGCAUUCGCGGCGAUGUGCAUCUCCACCUCACGCUCCCUCCUCUGCGUUUAGCCAACUCUCAGUGUGUUGCCAUGUGUUGCAACUACCUCACGUUCCGAGUUGUGCUCCUCGUGGUGCGCGCGUGCGCUUCACAUGGUGAUCUUUGGGAUACGACGUCUGCCGCGUCGUUAGCCUGCCACACAGGAUUUAACUACCAUGUGGGUCGACGCAUCCAGGCACCAUACCGCGACAGCUGUCGCCUCACGACCACGGAGACCAGAGUACUUGUACGCCAUAGCAGAGCACGCUCCGGCCACGCGUUUGUGUUACCCCGAUCGUGA